AUGGUUGUGAAAGAAGAAAAGAUGAACGGAGGAGCAGGAGUGUGUUGGGGGUGUGCUCUCCCUCCUCCCCCUCCUUCCCCGCCCUCAGCACAGCAGACCACACCCACCGGAGACCGGAGAGCGGAGGCAGAAGGAUGGAGCUCCCGGUUCGUGCGUGAAGGGCACCUCUGCACGAGCUCCGCAGCCGCAGCUCCUCAGGUAUGCUCCAGGGCUGACGCGGUGACGGUGGGACACUAUGGCGGCCAGGGGGCACGCGGGGCCCGCGGAGCCUCGAUGCACCGGGGGUCUUCAGAGCCAUAA